CAUGUGGUCACGGAAAUGAUCGAUUCAAUGUUUACAUUAUUUCGAGUUGAAACGAAAGAUCGCCAAAAAAUCUCACGUAUCAUGGAAUAUGAUACCUGUAGUUUGAUGAGGAAGAACGGAAGUCCAUUUGCUGACAUCCUCAUUGACCAGGGUUUGGCUGAUAUCUUUCAAAACAUUGAGUCAUUAACAGACAAUUUGGAGAAGGUUGUUUGGGAGAAAAAUGUUGCAGCCACAAUCCGAAAACAUGAGGGCUACGACCACAGUUACUACUUCAUCGCGUCUUUUAUUGGUGACCACAUUAAGCAUCAUGCUAAAUAUCUGAAUGAAGUAAGCAAAUACUGAUAUAUAGACUGUUUUUUUUCCUGCCGGUUGAAGUUUUUGGAAGAAAUAACAGAUUUAUGUUUGGUAUUUUUAUAGCUAAUUAAAAUAUGUGGUGCUAAUCAAUACCUCGUUAUCAAUUUUCUUUUCCUUCUUAUUGCAGCAUUUAAAUAAAAAACAUAAACUUG